AUGUCGUCCGUCAGGCCUCCCUUUGACCCCGAAGUCAUCAAAAACCUCCCUCCCGCCAUGAUCGACGGCUCUCUCUCAGACUCGCUCCCCCUCGACGCCGCCGUCAGAGUAGCAGCCUUCCGUCAACAAGCUACCCCAAUCGCCAACGCACUCAAGGACAAAGUCCAUUCCGAUCCCUCGCUGGAAACCGAACGGGUGACCAUCCCCGGACCCCGUGGAGACAUUGAAAUCCUCGUUAUCAAGCCAAAAGGAGCCUCAAGCACAGACAAGCGACCAGCCAUCUACACCAUACAUCCAGGUGGCGUAGUUAUCGGAGAUGAAUACCUCAACCUCGACCUGGCUAUAUCCUGGAUGAAGGAGAUCGACGGCAUCCUCGCCACUGUACAAUACAGGCUAGCUCCGGAGAACCCUGGCCUUGCGCCCUUUGAAGACUGCUGGGAAGGUCUCGUUUGGUUCGCAAAGCAAGCAGACCGAUUCGGCUUUGAUCCGGACAAGUUGCUCAUCGGAGGCGCCUCUGCUGGCGGUGGUCUUUCUGCCGCGGCUGCGUUAAAGGCGAGAGACGAGGGAUUUCCCAAGCUGUGCGGGCAACUCCUCGUCUGUCCGAUGCUGGACGAUCGUGCGGAUACAGUUUCUCACAAGCAAUAUCUGCGUCAUGGGGCUUAUUCCGGAGCGUCGGAUGAGUUUAGCUGGACGUGUAUUCUGGGCGACCGCCGCGCGACGGAUAAAGUAUCCGUCUUUGAAGCUCCGGGCCGAGCAACCGAUCUGUCGAAUCUUCCUCCCACGUAUAUCGACGUUGGGUCUGCCGAGCCGUUCAGAGACAGCGUCGUUGCCUAUGCGUCCAGGCUGUGGGAGCAUGGCGUGCAGGCUGAGUUGAUGGUGUUUGCCGGUGGAUUGCACGGCUUCGAAUUCUAUGCUCCGGAAGCGAGCGUGUCGAAACAGGCGGGCGAGGGGAGGUUGAAGUGGCUCCGCCGCUUGAUGGAUCAGUUGAAAUAA